AUGUCGAGGAUAACGGAUUUGUCUUGGUGGCUGUGGCAAUCCCAAGGUCAGGCACUUCACAACUGGUGUCAUGGCUUCAAAAUACAUACCUUCGCUGAAUGCUUCCAGGUCUCAUUUUCAAGCGCUGCGUUUCCCGCCAUGAAUUCAGCUCUCACGACAUGGCUCGAGGAACACGGCGCUCGCGUUUCCGGCUGCGAAAUUCGUGAAUGCUUUUCGAAAGCCUCGCCAUCCGUCGUGUCAUUCGACUCCGUGUCCUCUGAAUCCAAAGUUGAUACGAUUGAUUCACGCGAACCAGGGGAUGACACGUCCUGUGGUUGCGCAGCGCUCGCGAGCGAAUCGCGUGCUCGUGCAGGCGACGCAGCGAUCGGUAGUGAAGGCGACAAAGCAGUUGGGGCCGCAGCAACCAGGGAGGUUGAAGUUGAAGUUGGAGAUGCGAGGUUUAUUGCGGGUGAUUGCCAGUCAGCCAGUGCUGGAUUUGGCAUUUUCCUGUCAAGAUCGGAUGCGGAUGAGAGAACGUAUACCGUCGAUGGAGACAGAGUGCUCAUCUCCGUGCCAUUGUCUCUCCUUCUCUCCGCGCCCACGGCCCUGCAAGACCCCCUCUACGGCGCCUCUCUGCGCUGCCUGCACUCCCAGGGCCUGCUGGACCACCGCAUGCUUGUGCUGCUCCUGCUGCUGCUGCACCGCUGCCACCAGAAACAACGCUCCUGUUGGGCUCCGUAA